ACUCGUCCAUGAACUGAACAUAAAAACAAACGACAGCAGGGAAUCAACCUGUUGUUUGGGAAGCGCGCUGAUCUUUUUCUUACAUUUUAUAUAACAGCCAAUCGAUUAAUACAUAGAUUCAAAUCGGUCGUCGUACCAUUCUGACACAAACACACAAAGCCAGCCUCUAAAAGGAAGUGACCUCUACUUCCUCUAAAAACGCAGCCAGGCGACACGCAGGAGGGAGUUUCUACAGCCUCCGGCGAAACCAAAAACAAGUGCAAGACAAAACCACCGUGACGCUCGUGACCUGCAGCUCGAAGCAGGAAGAGGGUUUUUUUCUUUUCUUUUCAGCAGAAGCGACGACGACGACGUCACGCGGCUUCAGGUGAGGAGGGGAGGGCGGGGCCGCGACCAAAUAUGGGAGGAGCAAGCGCAGGUGGACGUGCUGCGGAGAGUCCCGCCGCGGGGACAUCUGGCUCGCCUCACACGCUGGAAACAGAGCUCUUGAGGAGGUUCGAACCACUGGAUUACGCGAGUUCUCGAACCAUGGCAACACUCCCAAGAACACAGAUGCCUCCCAGCGGCCAGCUGAUUUCCGUACCUCACAAGGAUACAAUGCGUCUGCUGGAGGUCUACGUCAAGCGCAGCCUCAGCCUCAACGACGGGGCGCUGGGCAGCAAGAGGGCCGGCGGGAAAGAAAAAUGGGUGACCAUGCCGACGAAGCUAAGACGACAUUCCAGCGACCCGUCGCUUCACCUGGCCGAGGGGUCGGAACAGCAAAGCGGCCCGUGUUCGGCAGCCGAACCCGCCCCGGACCGGCCCGAGGCUUGUCCGGAGGAACCCGAGAAAACGGUGAAAAAGCCCAAGAAGAACAAGAAGCCCUCUCUGUGGAAAAGCUUCCUGGGUAUUUUCUCCCGGAGGCCUAGCGAGGAGAAAGACGAAGAGCAGGACGGCGCGUCGGAGAUGGCCGAGGGCCCCUCGGCGGCGGCGGCGGCCUCCGACGACACGACCACCUGCCUGCCCACAAUUCAGGUCUCUGCACAGAAGAAGAAAUCGUCGAGGAGUAAAUCCCUCAGGAGAAGGUUCUCCAAAAGGCGAUCGCUGACGAAAAUAAACAAACUCAGUAAAGACGUCAACCACGCCGACAUCACGCGGGUCGAAGCUGUGGAAUCGACGUAUCACUACUACGAGACGGUGUCACAGGAGCUGGAGAAAAUUGUCCACGAGGUUCAGGAAAACGAGGAAGUUGUCCCCCUCUCUGAUGUGGAGGUAAUGAACAGGAUCAUUGCCUUGACGAAGGAGGAGGGUGACGCCAUAGAUUGCAAGCUGAGAGACAACCCCACGCUGAGCAACUUCUUCAACGGGAUGUCGUACUCCGCCUUCCAGAAGUUGGCCGACGCCUACCUGGAGACGGAGGCGACGCCGACCCAUAACCCUCCCACCGUCCUGCCGACGGCACCCGAGCUGGUCAAGUUGGCCUUCACGCUGGACUUCACGGCCCGGAUAGCCGGGCUCUCCAGACAGAACGUGGGACACAUCACCGGCCUGGGGAACCGCUAUCUCCACGACCGAUUCAAGUACCAGCAGGCGUGUUCCGAUCACCCAGGGUCGGACAGCGAGGACUGAGGCGCCUCCGUGCAACAACAAAAAAAUAAACGCUGCUGCAGCUGGAGGGCUGAACUUGUCUCUGCACCACAGAUGUGGUUAAGGAUGUGUUGCAACUCUUAAGUUUCUCCUUUUUUUUUUUUUUUUUUGAACACAAACACACAGACACUUGUUUUUCUCUUGCAUUCAUUUGCCUUUUUCGUGUUUUGUGAUAGAAGACGUUUUCUGAAGAAAAAAAGGACGUUGAACGGCUUUGCUAGAUUUAAAUCUUAAGUGGAAGAUGAAUUUAUAGAGCGAGCACAGUCUUAAUAAGUGGCAAUAUUUUUAAGAAAAGCGGCGUUUGCCAUUAAAAUGAAGAUGUUCUGCCCUUUUUAGAUUGAUUUGUAGUGAUACAAACCAGUAAUGUAAUAACCUUUGAUGUAUAUAAGAUACCUUUUGUGCAAUAUUUGUUUACAUUUGUAAGAUAUCAAAAUAAGCCAAAUAGAAGCUCCUCUGAAAUGUGACAUGCAAAUUGUGUUUGUUGAAUGCUGGCAUUCAUAUAACAUACACAAAAUAAAUAUUAAUUUAAUUAAAUAUUAAUUUAAA